UUCAUCUCAUCCUCCUUUCAUCCGAUCACAAAGCCUCUCCCUUUUAAAUCCAACCCUUCUCCUCUCCCUCUUUCUUCACAACAACAACAGUUUCCUCUCUCUCCCUUUCCUGUCUCUCAGCAAAACCAAAAAGAAAAUAAAGAGCAAAAAAGAAAGAAGAAAGCUUUUUUUGUUUUAAUUUUCCAAUGGCGACUGAAGAAACUAAUAACACUCAAGGCCCUCCUCCCCCUUCUCAACAAUCUUCUCUUCCAGACUAUCCUCAGAUGAUUUUGGAAGCGAUAGAGGCAUUGAACGAGAAAGCAGGGUCGAAUAAGUCGGCAAUCUCGAAGCACAUCGAAUCGACUCACCCAGAUCUCCCAGCGGCUCACUCCACCCUCCUUUCCCACCACCUCAACAAGAUGAAACAAAGCGGCCAAAUUGUUAUGUCGAAGAACAAUUACUUGAAACCCGACCCCAAUGCUCCACCUAAGCGUGGACGAGGGCGUCCGCCUAAGCCCAAGGUUCCUCUUCCACCUGGCACCGUCGUCUCCCCACCGAGGCCUCGUGGUCGUCCGCCUAAGCCCAAAGAUCCAUUUGCUCCCUCUAAGCCGAAAACCUCCGGCGGUACUGGAAGGCCUCGUGGACGCCCACCUAAAAAGGCUAAGACUGGAGUCUCCGCAGCUCCUCCACCUCCCGGUGUUAAGCGAGGUCGCGGUCGGCCGCCGAAGGUGUAAUUGCCGGUGGCUUCUGAAGUAAAAGUAGAGAAAGCUUAAAGAAAAAGAGAGAGAGAGAGAGAUAGAGAGAGAAAAAGAGGGAGUUAGCUAGUUUUUUUUUUUCUUUCUUUUUCCUUUUUUUAACUUUAAUUUUUUAGGUGUUGUUUAGUUCUCUACUAAUUGAUGUUUUAGCUUUUUCUUUCUUUCCUUUUUUUUUUCUCUUGUAAUUUUGAAUUUUUUAUUUCGGGGGUUUGGAAUUGAUGUGGGGAAUGUGUUGUAACGCUUUUAGGAAGGGGGUAGAUUUUAGUGACUCUUUGUAAUUUGCAUGUAAAUUUGUUGAACCGGCUUUGUAGGCUUUUGGGCCUCUUUAUUAUC